AGGAAGUAUGUUCCACCACGUUCCUGAUUGCACAAUUAUUAUAGCAGGACAUUCAAUGUGUCAACACGUGCACAUCCCAGCUUACGAUGAAAGACCAUCAAAUUCUGAAAGUGGAUUUAUUACUAAUGCUUUUGUGCACAAUUAAAGACGUCGUGUUUGUUGAAGGAAAUGACGCCACGGUCAUGUGUCUUGAGCCAGAUAUAGAUGAACUGAAGCAGCAAAUUCCGGAAUACCUGGUUGGAUCGGCAGAUCUUCAUUCCAGUUUCUUCAACGUGCACGAGCUGACCAAGUAUAUAAAGCGAAAUAACGGCUAUAUGAACAGCUCCGCUAGGUGGCGCUACGUUCUGUUUGGAGAGAGAAGCUGUCAUUUAGUCCAGCAUUCGGAAUUGGGUCAACGCGGAAACAUGUGUCCAUCCUACUACGUACUGGAGCAUGACCCAGGGAGAAUCCCUCAAGACAUUGUUCACGCAGAAUGCACGUGCAGAUCGUGUCUGUUUAUGGACGAGGUUCCCAAACGCUGGGGAGAUGGGGAUCAUUUCGAAUGUGAGAAAAUCUGGAGUCAUACUCAGGUGUUCAGGCGAGCGGGGUGCAAUGAUGGGGUGUAUACCUAUAGAUAUGCGUGGGAGAGAGUGUCUGUAGGGUGCGCAUGCGCAUUGGUGUAAAUCAUAAUAAUACCGAUUCUGAUUCGAGAACAUGCACUUGGUUUGAUGAACGAGAGGCCAAAUUUUGUUUGAAGGGAUUUUGUUAAUAUUUAUUAAUACCUACAUGACUGUACGUGUCUCACUUGGAUUGGGGAAAAGGAGAUAAUUACGAUAGAUUUGAGAGGGAGAGGGGGAGACACAGAAGGAGAAACAGUUAUGAGAGAGGGAGAUAGAGAUUGAGUUGCUGGAAAUUUUAACAGAUAUCUUUGUUACCUCAUCUUAUUAAGUCUGGUAGGUACUAGGAUCGUAUUCCAGUACCAGCUCCACCGGGAGCCGUCUUCUAUGUCACUAAUUACUAACCACUAUCCUUGGAAGAUAGCUCGGCUAACUGAUGUGUGUCAAGGACAAUGUUGUUGACCUUUAAGAGGAUAUAACAUAGGUAUUAGAAGAUGACAGUGACUGGGGGUGGUCAGUUAAACAAACUUCUUUUUUUCUGCAUUAUUAUUACAUUAUUACUUGUCAUCACCAGUAACAACAAAAAGGGACUAAUCUAUUUGUUUUAGAUUGGAGCAUAAAGCUGCUUUAACUAGGCCACGGUGCACAUCCAUUAUAUUACAUGCAGCAUGUGUUUUUUUCAAACAAGGAACAAAGUUAAUAUUUAAAAAUUAAGUUUAUAUAUGCAGAAAAUGCAGAUACAUGAAAACACAUUUAUAAUGCAUGUGAAAGCCUUUCAGGUGUGGCAAUAUAAAAUGUUACACGAUUGCUCCACUACCACACGCUGUAUGUAUGUUUUAAUUUUAAAAUUAAGACUUAUCUAAGAAUACUCCCUGUCGGUGGACCCAUUGGGCUAUUUCUCGUUCCAGCCAGUGCUCCACAACUGG